AUGCACGUCGUACCAGGUCCUGGUGACGGGGCUUGCCGCCAGCGCAAGCAAAAAUGCGCAGGGGGUCCCCCAUGCGAGCGAUGCAUAAGACGCGGCAUCCCUUGUGACUUGGCGCACUUGGGCAAUUCCUGUCCAGGGCCUCGGGCACUAGUUACUGAAGGACAGCCCGUCUCGCACGGCGGAUGCUCGAUCCGCGGCAUCCGGAGCUCACCACCGGUCGGGGAGAGGACAGCAAAUCACUCAACAAGCCCGAUUACACAUCCACCAAAAAACUCCGACGGUUAUAAAGGCUCAUACAGAGACUCAUCAGCUCAUCACUUGGGUCCCGGGUCACACGCGUCACUUGCUGUUGGCCCGGAAGCAACAGGGACCUCCGGCCGAGCACCUGGAAGCGGAGAUCAAGCGCCUCAACCCGCGGCACAGGACCCUAGCCCGGAAACAGCAACUGACCGCGAUGAUCUGGUCGAUGUGUUCAUCCGCUUUGUGUUGCCUAAGUAUCCGAUCGUGGAGCUCUGGGCACUGCAGUCUAUGAAGCUGGCAGCCUCAGAGAGCGCAGAGCUUACGUCAAUUGCUGGCAUUGGCAAGUUGCUAUCAUACAUUGACGUGGCACAUCCAGACGGGAACGAGACGGGAAUUACUCCUGGACUCGCCGAGCAGCAAACAGCGUUCCACAUGCCCGAGGCGAACCCUUGGUCAAGGGUCCGCUGCUUGUUACUGAGAUCGGUGUAUUUCCUGUUUCUCGGUGAUACCCCCGAGUCGAAGCUCUCUUGCGAUAAAGCAGGUGCGAUGCUCCGCACACUCGAAACACCGCAGUCAUCAGAACAACCCAAGGGCUUGGCUAAAUCGAGCAGGGAGCUAUAUUGCAGCCCAACCGUGGUCGUGGGCCCUCGGCCGACGAAGAGAGCGACGAUCAUUUAUGGUUAUUCAUCAGCGGUCCUCCAUGAGGUUUUGGACUGCCAGGGAGUACCGUCCUACAUUGAAGACUGCUAUCGCUUUUGGAAUUUGUGGUAUCGCCGAGGGUUUAGUGCAGAUGCAGACAUACGGCGCCAAGCAUGGGACGAGACAAUUGGAGUGGAAAGAAAACUACUUGAUGCCGCUGCACGUCAAGACGAAGAAGCACAAACCGACACGUAUGUGGCUGCAGCUGUGCUCUUUCUGCCAUUUAGACCCGAAGCUCAGGCCAUGCUGUCAGACACCGAAGCCCAGCCGAAAGAGGUCCUUGAGACUUCCAGGACUCAAUUGGAGACGAUUGGCCGCUGGUUGAGCCUCGUCAUCGGACAUAUCCAGGGUCGGUCGGUCACACAACGUGCAAGUUGCGGGGAAAAGGUUGCCAAUGCGCGGUAUCUAGCGUUUUCCGUUGACAAAGCUGCCAUCUUCAUGAAAGAGAGGCUGCCAUCAGUGCCGGGUGACCUGACAAGGUUGAAGAAGCUUUUGUCAGAAUCCCAGGCGGUUGGUCAGGACAUGGCGGAGCAGCGCAGCCGCACUUGGGUCGAGUCAAUUUCCUUGGUAAUGCACCCUAGCAUUGUACAAUCAUUGCCCUGGAUUUUACCAGGGUCCGCAGCCUUACUCGACCGCCUGCCUUCUCUUCCAUGCAACAGCAGCACGGGUGACUACAACAUGACCACCGCCUGGGUGCCUAAUGAGGCUAUGGCCGCCUGGACAUCGGUCGUGGAUUGCCUUGGCGACGAGCUUGGACGACGACAGAACAAAGAAGGACAUGCCAAGGAAAGCCUUGGCGUCACUGCAGAGAACCAAGUGAGUUCCUUGAGCUCUCGACUGCUUGAUCAAUCACCGUCAGCACAAAGAGCGCUAGGGCUAAUCCAUGAGAAGGCGAAGAACGUCCACGGUGAUGUUUGGGCGUGGACGGUAUUGAGUGAGCUGAAUGUAUAUGCCCGCAGAGUUGAUCAACUGUUGCGUCAGUCUGAGAGGUCAAUUCUUCGGCACCAAGAAAGGACUGCGAUGCCCGUCGCCGGUUCUGCGACGUCCCUGUCAGACUUGAAAAUCGAAGUUGACAGUUGUUGUGAUGAUAGAGCGGAAUCGAAUCUGCUGCCUUUGGCUUUUUGGAGCACCACGCGAGACAGGCUGGUGACGUUCGGCAACCUACAGAGAAAUCUCUCAAGCGGUCCGAAUGCGGAUCCAAGAGGACUCAGGCAGCCGGUGGGUCCCUUUGCUGUCGUCUCGGAGCUCUGUGGAGACGCACUUGAAGCCUCCAUGCGAACGGGCACAUGCCACGAAGAGAUUGCGGCCCUGCAACUCGCCUGGGACAAGGCUUGUAUCGAUGUGCGGGCGGGUGGACGGGAAGGAUAUAUGGAUGAAGCUAACUCGGAACAAGUGGUGCAGAAGCUGGUGGAGAUGAAAGACCUGCACGACGCGGGCACCAUGAGGCUGGCAAACAGACUUCUUCAAGUGGGAGACGUCAACUAUACCGUUGGUAAAAUGCUCGGUGUAGGGACAUUUGGCGUGGUCUACCAAUGCAAGUCCAUACCCGACGACAAAGUGGUAGCCAUCAAGUUUGUGAGUCAUCUAGUCCAGCGGAGAAGCGAAGUUCCGUUGCACGAUGAGUACCGUGCCUACAAGUCCCUGGGGCGACACCAAACGUCCACGCCUUCGAGAAAAGGAUCUUCCUGCACAGCGCCUUGGUUGUCGACUGUCUGGGGCCGUCGCUCCAUGUACUUUUCGAGAAAGGCGGACGGGUCUUUUCCGCAAGAACGCUCGUGGUUUUGUUCAUUCACUUGGUACGACCCACAGCUAUCUCUCAUGAUUUGGCUAAUAGUUCCACAGCUCCAUUUGAUACAGCUGCUACAUGCCCACGGCUACACUCACCAGGAUCUCAAACCAGGGAAUAUUCUCAGCGACGGCCGGAACAACGCGAUCGUAUCCAGGUUUUAUCUCAUAGACCUUGCUUCCGCAACGCUUUAUCGAGACCCAAAGACAGGGUCGCACAUCCAACACACGACUGCCCAUGGUAUCGUCGGCACACGGCGGUACAUGAGUAUCGAUGCACACAGAGGGAACGCACAGUCGCGUCGAAGUGACAUGCAGUCCCUGCUUUACAUUUUCAUAUAUCUUGCCAAGGGGGGAUUGCCGUGGCAGGGCAUACAAGGCAGCGAGCGCGAACGGUUGACUUGUGCCGCAAAGGAGCAGGUACAAGCAGAGGAGCUGGUCCGCGGUAUAGACGAACAGUUGGCAGGGGCACUUUUGGCCUUCGCACAACAUGCUUUUGCACUCCGGUUCGACGAACGGCCAGAUUAUGAGGGCCUGAGGCAGCGUUUCGGGGUCGCUCUCGAGAUGAUGACGGACACGGACGAGCGGUGCCUUUGGCCGGACGGGCUACUCACUACAAAAUACGCGCAGAUGGCUACGCUUGGCUUAACUUGGCUCGACGGGUGUUCAAUCGCUCCAUUCCCCUGUGUUUUCAUGCGGUUACGUGGCGUCUCACCUCAGGCUGGCAAAGAUCCUCUGCAGUUGCCACACUGCGUCUCGCGUGCCUUGCUUCAUGAGGGACGAUCAGCAAGCACGCCAGACCGGGCGCCAACGCAGCAAACUAUCACACGCCGCUAUGCAAGUGACGAUAUGAUUCGCAUUAGCGAUGCACCUGGCUUGAGAGUUACGCAUGACGGGUUUGCACCGUGUCUCAGGCGAACGCACUGCAUCAGUCUCAUUGAUGCCCAAGAAUCCCGGGAUAGGUUAAAAGGGCUCACCACGAUGCAGUUAGUCGAUGAACAAGUGCCAUUGCUGGGUCGCCAACGGCUUGCGCGCAAAAGCUGUUGGUUCUUGCUGCCUUACGGUCUGCUGCUGGCUGCCUGCUUCCUUUGCAAUUUUAUACCACUUAUUUCUCCGACAAUCCUUGAGAACCUGUCGGUACCCCCUGUCACGGCUCAGUUCCUUCUCUUCGUGGUACCGGACUUUGUACAGGACCUUCUCUGGUUACCUCUGGGUCCUGUGCUUGACCACGCAGCCUUUGAGGUCUUGCACAAUGCAGGAUCUCACGAGCGCAAACAUAUGCGAAAAGCAGAUGCCUUGAACUCAACUUUGAAAGCCCUCCUCCUAAAAGUCACCUCAAACAUCAUUACCAUCUACGUGGCAUUGACUCGUCAAGGUGUGACCGCCUGGCUCUCGACAUGCAUAGCGGCCGCUUUCUCGGUAUUCAUGUGCGGCGCAAAACUCUUACAGGGAAUGACGAUGUGUAAUACACACCCGCCGAGGCACACGCACGUUCAUGCUGACGAGUACAGGGAGAGACAAAGCGAUGCCGUGCUCCAGACGCAGCAACGAUACGUAGCCGACUCAAAGCUGCGAUCGCGCGUACUGUCCGUGUGGAAGCUAUUCUUGCUCUGCUUCGUCGCUGCAUUUGCCCACGUUAUGUUAUCUACUGAUGGCCAAAGCGCGCCGAUGAUUGUCCGUCUAGGCCACCAGAUUCAUUCGACUGACACUACCUACGACAAAGUCGUGGGGGGAAUUCCGAAAGCGUGGAGAAUCAUCUUUGCUAUGCGAAAGUCUGCCGGCAUAUUCUGCUACCUUCAGGUGGCCUGUGAGGACGUCUGGGGUGUGAGGUCCGCCCCUUGGAGCCAUCUUCCCGAGAAUAAAAAGGCUCUGGCCUUCGGAACUUGGUUGUGGGUAAACUUUGGGACCCUAGUACACAGGCUAUCGUCACGCGCGCCUGAUCCAGGACAGAAUGGUGAAGCUAAGGGGGACAAGGCAUCAGAGAAGGGUUUUCAAUGA